CUAUUUUCGCUUUUUGUCCCUUCUCGCAUUCCGUCGCGGGGGACAAAGUCCGUCCAGCACAAAGUGCGUUUGUAAGAAAACUCAAAAGUGAUGUUUUGUGCACUGAAAUAAGGCUUUGAUCAGCUGCCCGUGUCCUCAUGGCGGAGGUUUAUUAUGUCGGGGUGGACGUGGGCUCCUCCAGCGUGCGGGCAGCACUGGUGACCCGGGGGGGUCUGCUGGAGACCACUGCCGAGGAGCCCAUCAGCAUCUGGGAACCGCAGUCCGACCACUACGUCCAGUCCUCCACUGAGAUCUGGGAGAAAUGCUGCACAGUUGUGAAGAGAGUUACCCAAAAUGUGGAGAAGAGUCGUGUAAGAGGGAUCGGCUUUGACGCUACCUGCUCGCUAGUGGUUUUAGACCAAGACUUCCAACCCGUGCCAGUCAGUCAGGGUGGUGACAGGCGGAGGAACACGGUGAUGUGGAUGGACCACCGUGCCGAGGAACAGGCCGCUCGUAUAACCAACAGCGGCCACAGGGUCUUGAGCAGGGUGGGAGGGGUCAUGUCACCAGAGCUGCAACCCCCUAAGCUGCUCUGGCUUAAAGAGAAUCUGAGAGAAAGCUGUUGGGACAAAGCGGCUCACUUCUUCGACCUCCCGGACUUCCUUUCGUGGAAGGCGACAGGCUCUUUGACACGGUCUUUAUGUACUCUGGUGUGUAAAUGGACUUAUUGCCCUCCAGAUGGAUGGGAUUCUGGUUUUUGGUCCAGCAUUGGACUAGAGGACCUCCUGGAAAACAACUUUUCCAAAAUAGGCAGUGCGACUUGUUCCCCGGGAAGCCCGUUGGGAGGCGGCCUCACGCAGGACGCAGCGGCAGACCUGGGUCUGGAGCCAGGAACUGCUGUCGGAGCCUCUCUCAUUGAUGCUCAUGCUGGAGGCCUUGGGAUGAUAGGCGCAGAUAUAAAAGGCUUUCAGUUGCCCUGUGAGGACCAGCCGAUCACCUCACGCAUGGUGAUGAUCUGUGGAACAUCAACAUGUCACAUGGCGAUCAGUGAGCAGCCUCUGUUCGUGCCCGGGGUGUGGGGGCCCUGCCUGUCUGCCAUGGUGCCCGGCAUGUGGCUCAAUGAGGGAGGACAGAGUGCCACAGGACGGCUGAUCGACCACAUGGUGAAGGGCCACGGCGCCUACACUCAGCUCCAGGAACAGGCCCGCCAGAGAUUCCCCCAUACCAGCGAGAACAUCUACAGCUACCUGAACAACCACCUGAGUUUGAUGGCGGCUUCCGGCUCUACCGUUGACCUGCUUUGCUCCGGUCUUCACGUGUGGCCUGACUUCCACGGGAACCGGUCCCCCGUGGCUGACCCCACCUUAAAGGGCAUGGUGAUCGGACUGCCACUCUCCCAAACCUUGGAUGACUUGGCCCUGCUCUAUUUGGCCACUGUGCAAGCCCUCGCUCUCGGUACUCUCCACAUUCUGGAGGCCAUGAAAGAAGCAGGUCAUGACAUCCGAACCCUCUUCCUGUGCGGCGGGUUGAGCAAGAACUCCCUGUUUGUUCAGAUUCACGCCAACGCUACAGGAUUGACAGUGGUGUUGCCUGACCAGAUUGAGGCUGUGCUGAUAGGGGCAGCCGUCCUGGGUGCGUGUGCAUCGCGGGACUACAGCACUGUACAGGAGGCAAUGGAGAGGAUGGCUAAAGUGGGGAAAGUUGUUCGGCCCGAUUCUGAGCUCCGGGGCUUCUAUGAGAGAAAGUACAAAGUGUUCCUGCGACUGUUGGCCCACCAGAGGGAGUACCAGGCCCUCAUGAACCAGCAAUGACGCUGCUGGUGGAAGGCCGGCCGAGCUGGAAGUGACUCUCCCUGUCGUCAUAGUGAUGACAAAUCCACUCACUGGAAACGAGAAGACGAAUCCUGACCUUGCUGCUUUCACAGAAAUUAACGAUCCAGUUUUUUUUUUUUUUUUUUUUU